CUUCAAGAAGGAGGCGAGGAUCAGUGCUCAAGGACAAAGGCUGGCGGCAGAGGUGAGCAGGGAGCAGAGCACACAGAGUGAUGGGGCGAAACACCCUGGCCUUCGGCUGGGCAGUGGCUGCCACCCUGGUGCUGCAGGUGGCUGCGACAGAGCACCCCGCAUGGACCCUGCAUGGCAAGGCUGGGGUGUUCGCCGACCUGAGCGCCCAGGAGCUGAAGGCCGUGCACAGCUUCCUCUGGUCCAGGAAGGAGCUGCAGCUGGAGUCCUCCAGUGCACUGACCCUGGCCAAGAACUCCGUGUUCCUCAUUGAGAUGCUGCUGCCCAAGAAGCAACACGUGCUGAGAUUCCUGGAUAAGGGUGAACGGCGUCCUGUCCGGGAAGCCCGUGCCGUUAUCUUCUUUGGAGCCCAGGAGCAUCCCAAUGUCACCGAGUUUGCUGUGGGGCCCCUGCCAUGGCCCUACUACAUGCGAGCACUGUCCUUCAAGCACCAGCACCUGCCCUCCUGGGCAUCCAGGCCCAUCUCUGAGGCAGAGUACACUCUCCUCUACGACACCCUGAAGGAGGCCACCAAGCCCCUGCAUCAAUUUUUCCUUGAUACCACAGGCUUUUCCUUCCAAGACUGCCAGGACAGAUGCCUGACCUUCAGCGACGUGGCCCCCCGCGGCUUGGCUUCGGGCCAGCGCCGCAGUUGGUUUAUCCUGCAGCGGUAUGUGGAGGGCUAUUUCUUGCACCCCACUGGGCUGGAGCUCCUGGUGGACCACGCGAGCACAGAUGCCCGGCGCUGGACGGUGGAGCAGGUCUGGUACAAUGGCAAGUUCUUUGCGAGCCCAGAAGAGCUGGCUCAGAAGUACGCCGACGGACAGGUGGACGUGGUGGUCCUGGAGGGCCCCCUACCUGGGGCCAAGGGGGAGGAGGGUACAGAGGAGCCGCCCCUCUUCUCCUCCUACAAGCCCCGUGGGCCUUUCUCCACCCCCCACGGGGUGAGCAGUCCCCGCCUGGUGCAGCCGCAGGGUCCCCGCUACAGGCUGGAGGGCAACGCAGUGCUGUACGCGGGCUGGGCCUUCGCCUUCCGGCUACGCUCCUCCACCGGCCUGCAGGUCCUGAACGUGCACUUCCAGGGCCAGCGCAUCGCCUACGAGGUCAGCGUGCAGGAGGCCGUGGCGUUCUAUGGGGGACACUCGCCCGCGGGCAUGCAGACCAAGUACAUCGACGGGGGCUGGGGCCUGGGCACCCUCACUCACGAGCUAGCCCCCGGCAUCGACUGCCCGGACACCGCCACUUUCCUGGACGCCCUCCACUACUACGACGCCGAUGGCCCCGUCCACUAUCCCCGAGCCAUCUGCCUCUUUGAGAUGCCCACAGGCGUGCCCAUUCGGCGGCACUUUGAUUCCAACUUUAGCGGAGGCUUCAACUUCUAUGCGGGGCUGAAGGGCCAGGUGCUGGUGCUACGGACAAUCUCAACAGUCUACAACUACGAUUACAUCUGGGACUUCAUCUUCUACUCCAACGGGGUGAUGGAGGCAAAGAUGCACGCCACCGGCUACGUGCAUGCCACCUUCUACACCCCCGAGGGGCUGCGCCAUGGCACCCGUCUGCACACCCACCUGAUCGGCAACAUGCACACUCACUUAGUGCAUUACCGCGUCGACCUGGACGUGGCAGGCACCGAGAAUAGCUUCCAGACAUUGCAGAUGAAGCUGGAAAACAUCACCAACCCCUGGAGCCCAGGACAUCAGCUGGUCCAGCCAACUCUCCAGCAGACGCAGUACCCCCGGGAGCGCCAGGCAGCCUUCCGCUUUGGACGGGCGCUGCCCAAGCUCUUGCUCUUCACCAGCCCUGAGAAGAACCCCUGGGGCCACAGGCGCAGCUACCGCCUGCAGAUCCACUCCUCUGCCCACGAAGUGCUGCCCCUGGGCUGGCAGGAGGAGCGGGGCAUCACGUGGGCCAGGUAUCCCCUGGCAGUGACCAAGUACCGGGAAUCUGAGCUGCGCAGCAGCAGCAUCUACAAUCAGAAUGACCCCUGGGACCCACCUGUGGUCUUUGAAGAGUUUCUUCACAACAAUGAGAACAUUGAAAAUGAGGACUUGGUGGCCUGGGUGACGGUGGGCUUCCUGCACAUCCCCCACUCAGAGGACAUUCCCAGCACAGCCACACCUGGAAAUUCUGUGGGCUUCCUGCUCCGGCCCUUCAACUUUUUCCCUGAAGACCCAUCCCUGGCGUCCAGAGACACCGUCAUCGUGUGGCCUCAAGACAGUGGCCCCAACCACAUCCAGCGCUGGACCCCUGAAGACAAGGACUGUUUAAUGCCUCCCCCUUUUAGCUACAAUGGGACCUACAGACCCGUGUGAAGGACACUGCCCCCAACUCCCACCUAGAAGCCCGAGAGCCCCACAGGG